AUGGAUCACUACAACGACGCCACCGCGGCGAACUCCGUAAUCACUGUUUCCGACGUCUCAUGCCUCUCCCGCCCUCCGGUCGGCUACCACAUCUUAGAGAUCACCCUCAUCUCCGCCCAGGAUCUGCCUCCCGUCUCAAAGUCCCUCCGCACCUACGCCCUCGUCUGGACCAAUCCGAAUCGGAAACGGACAACCUGCAUCGAUCAGAACGGCAACGCGAAUCCUACCUGGAACGACAAGUUUUCCUUCAAGGUUGACGAUGAGUUCCUCGCCUCCGAGAAAUCUACCGUCACCGUCGAGAUCUACACGGUUUCGUGGUUCCGCGACGUUCUCGUCGGAACCGUUUCGGUGAAUGUUAGCAAUCUCAUCUCGCCGUCGGAGAAGGGAACGAGAGAGGUGGCCCUCCAGAUUCGCCGUCCUUCGGGUUCUCCUCAGGGACUGCUCAAUAUGUCCGCCACGCUGCAGGAGAACACCGGUACCUCGCGAAGCAUGCCGCUAAGCGAUCUGAUGUCCACGGCGUCGGGUUACAAGAAGGAUCUAGAACUUGAAAAGAGGAAUAUUCUAGAAUAUCACAACUCAGAAGACGAAGAGCGAGAACGGCUUCACGCAAAAAUCCUGCAAUGGCGGCGAUCCAUGACCCCAGACAUGAUGUCUGAUGUCAACGGCGAAGAGUUUCCCGGGAAGCCUGGCUCCAUCUGCAACGGCUCAAUGGUGAACGGCGGAUCGAUGGUGAAUGGCGGAUCGAUGGUGAACUACGGCUCGGAAGUUUGCUCCGACGUGGGACCGUCGGCCUCCGUUGUGGCGGCGGAGAUAGCUCAGAGUUGGCAGGCGUCAGCGGCGCCGAGGAAGGAGAUAAUGGAAAGGGGAGUCGGGGAUAGCAUGGUACUGCCGGCGAAUUUGACGCCGGAAGAGGCGAAGAGGCGGCGUGAGGCGGCGGAGGACGAUGAAAAUGAGGAGGAGAUGGAGAUGAUUCCGAAGAACGCCGGGCGGCGGAAACCAGACAAUGGCAUGUAUUCGUGCUUCGUCUAUGGAUUUCAGUUCACCAUUGUCUGCGGAGCUAAUAAUAAUCCCCCCAAAACCAAAAAGAAGAAGUCAGACAAAAGUUCUGAUUAA